AGUUGUUUUCGUUCAAACAGUUACCAACGCUAGAAAAGAAUGGCUUCUUUUAUUCAAUUUUUCAUUGCUGCUGCAGUUUUGACAACUGUCUUGGGUCAAAACUACAAUUAUAACAAAGUAUCAAAUGGAACUCAAGAUUACUUAAAAAUCGUCCAAGCUGAACUCCUUUAUAAAAUCAAUUUAGCCGAAAUGGAAAACAAUGCUGUUGAUGUUCGAUUUCUAGAUCGAUUGGCUGUUAUCGAGUUGCAACAAAAACAAAUUUUGAAUGAAACUCAACAAUUUAAUCAGACUAUAAUACCAUUGCCAGCAUUGAGCUUAACAUGGAAAUAUUGCGUUCAAAAAUAUGAUUCGCAGUUAGUUAAACACCAAAUUGCUAAGGAUCAAUUUAACGCUUGUAAUGUUAAGGCCCAGCAAGCUGGUGCACAAUUGACAUAUAAAGCAAGACUAUUGACAGAGAAGGCUAGGGGUUAUGUCCUUAGAACACUUCCUUCCUAUGCUAAUGAAUGCCCAGUUAACGACAAGAAUCAAACCCGUGUAGAACAAUGUUAUAUUAACUAUGUUUCAAUGUUUACUCAAUAUGUUCAAGAUAAUUUGGACAAGGCUCAAGCCAGUCGAGACCAGAGUAUUUUUGACAUGAAUUCCAUUGCACUGUCAGCUGUUCAAUGUUCUUUUAGAACCGAAAAGGUUGUGUUGGACUCAAUUAGUCUUACUGCCAAGAAUAUCAACGAUUGUUUGAAUGGCCAGGAGAAACUUAAUGUUUUUAGGAACGCAAAAGCUUUAAACUAA